ACAAUACCUCGGGAAAGUACAACCUCGUUUUGCAACGAAACUCAUCCAUUUGAGCAGAGUGACCAAAACCGAAAGAGAAACCUUGCAUCAGGCAGAGAGAGAGAGAGAGAGAGAGAUGUUGUUCCAGGUAGGAGGGCAAGGGACUCGGCCCACUUUCUUCGAGAUGGCGGCGGCGCAGCAGCUCCCCGCCAGCCUCCGCGCCGCUCUCACCUACUCUAUCGGCGUAUUGGCUUUAAGAAGACCCUUCCUCCACAGGGUGUUAGACUAUGAAGAUGAAUUCUUUGCUUUGCUGAUGCUGGUUCUUGAAACUCAUAGUUUACGAACUACAGAUGCAUCUUUCUCUGAAUCUCUAUAUGGCUUACGAAGGAGAGCUGUGAGGAUAAAAGUAAAGAAAGAUGAUGUUCAAUUGAACUCAGCUGAUGAGAUUCAUCACUCUGGAUUAAGAAAGCGCCAAAAAGUUCUUUCAGUUGUAUUUCUGGUGGUAUUGCCAUACUUAAAGUCGAAGUUGUAUUCAAUCUAUAAUAAAGAAAGGGAGGCCAGGCUUCAAGCAAGUUUAUGGGGACAUGGUGAUGAAAGAUUUGAUGAUACUGACUAUAUUGAUGGAAGGGAGGAUUCUCUUGUUUCAAGAGGAAACUUGGAUAUAGAAGCAUCAAUUAGGACACGUUUGACAAAGAGGAUUCACAAAAUUUUAGGUGCUUGCUAUCCAUGGUUACAUGCUAGUAGUGAAGGAGCGUCAUUUGCUUAUCAGCUGUUAUAUCUGUUGGAUGCUACUGGAUUCUAUUCUGUAGGACUACAUGCACUUGGGAUUCAUGUUUGUAGAGCUACAGGGCAAGAGCUGAUGGAUACUUCUUCUAGAAUUUCAAAGAUAAGAAGCCGUGAACGUGAAAGACUCCGUGGUCCACCAUGGUUGAAGGCAUUACAAGGAGCACUUCUCAGCUGUCUAUAUACAUCGCUUGAUUAUGCACAAACGGGGUUAAUUGCAGCAGUGUUCUUUUUUAAAAUGAUGGAAUGGUGGUACCAAUCUGCAGAGGAGAGAAUGUCAGCCCCUACUGUGUACCCCCCACCACCACCUCCUCCUCCACCAAAGGCUGCUGAAGAGGGUAUUCCACUGCCACCCAACAGAACAAUUUGUCCUUUGUGUUCACAGAAGCGUGCAAAUCCAUCCGUAGUUACAGUUUCAGGGUUUGUCUUCUGCUACGCGUGCAUAUUUAAGUAUGUUUCGCAGUAUAAACGAUGCCCGACCACAUUAAUGCCUACAACUGUUGACCAUAUAAGAAGGCUCUUUCAUGAUAUAUAGAAGAAUCCGUUGGGCAUCACGUUUGUAUGGUAGAAGGAUUAAAUAAUCAGGUGAAAUAUGAAGCAAAGAUGCUCUGUGGUAGGUGCAAGUGGAGCCUUGACAAGCAGAAGCAAAAUACUAUAUCUUCCAGAUUUUUCCUCUUAGGGUUUCAUCUUAAUCUCUUGGGGCAUAUUAGAUUAAUGAUUAUGAAGAGUUACGGCAUCGGCAUCGGCAUCGUGUUGACACUUUUCAAGUCUGCAGCCAUUGUGCACAUUUUUAGAAUUAGACGUGUAAGAUUUGAUUAUUAUUAGUUUGUAUGGAGGAAAUAUUGAUGCAACAAUGAUUCUGAUUCUUAAAUUCUGUUUCUCAAGUGAAAUCAUAUCUUUGGUGGACAGUGAGAUAUACUAAAUUCUUCUUCUUC